ACAGCCAUUUCUCUCCUCUUCCCGAAUAUCUCGAUUCCUAUUCUGGCAUGAUCGUCUCUGGACAUUUUCUACUUAUCUGUCAUUAACGAUUCGUAUUAAGAUUAGAAGGAAAAGUGAAUGAAUUUGUAGUGGUAUUUACUUUUGCAGUCCGUGCGCAUGGAUAAAGUCCUCUCAUCAUGGAUUUGAAUAUCGACUCUUUCCGUUCUUGCUCUAGCUCAUCUAGGGAAGAACGCUAGGGGUGACCGCGUCCAGCCAAUGAAUGGCGUCGUAUGACGUCACGUGACGCCAUCAUCUCCCCCGCCGCGACACGUCCGUGAAGCUGCAGUUUCCGUAGGGGGAUCACAAGCUGCGUUUCAGAAUAAAGCUAUAGACCCACUCGGCGACACAACAUCCAAGUGACUGACUCCUCAGAUUCCUCAGUCAUUGGCUAGGUAGCUAAUAUUGUUAAAUUCUAACAGCUUUUACCUGUCCGAAAUGCAUCAAGGUAAGCUGCAGGAUUUCGUACCUGUGAUAGACGUCAUGUGACACCGGACUUUCAAAAACAAUCAUCUAGAUGUAUUAAUCAGUAUUAUUCAUCUUCAUCACGCUUGCAAACAUGGCUUCAGCUCUUAGAAAGCUUUUUAAAACUUCGGAGCGGCAUAGGUCUGGCGAUAGAGCAGGCGGCUGGCGCCGCAAAAACAACAGCAAGAAUGGACCCGCCGAUUCCCCAACACAUCACAACCAUUCAGCAGCUAUGCGUUUUUUCGGGCAUUGUCCAAGCCCUAAAAUGUCAAAAAGAGAUACAAACAAAAUCAGCCCAGAAGAUGGUGCCAACAGCCAGAAACUGGCAUCUAGUGCGAACGGUGCGAGUGGAAUCAGCAGUCAUUCCGAUUCAUUCAAUGCUUGCGCAGUCGACAAAACAUCUUCCACAGGAAGCACUGCAUCUCCAAAUCGUAGUGUCCGUUUCAAGUCGUCCAAAUCUUCAAAAACUGCCCCUAAAGCACCUAUAGCUGAAGGUCCGUCAUUAAAGCACACCCAAACGGUCCGAACGCGCCGCUUGAUGAAAGAGUUCCAAGAAAUUACAAAGUAUUCCAGAAGUUUGGAAAAACCGCCGUUUGUGGUAGAGUUAGUGGAUGACAACUUGUACGAAUGGAACGUGAAGCUCUUUCAGAUUGAUCCAGAGUCAGAUUUUUAUCACGACAUGCAGGAGGCGGACAUUGGACAUGUUCUCCUUAACAUGGUCUUCCCUGAAAAUUUUCCGUUUUCUCCACCUUUCAUGCGUGUUAUUUCUCCACAUGUUGAAAAAGGAUUUGUGAUGGAAGGAGGAGCUAUAUGUAUGGAGUUGUUAACCCCGAGAGGAUGGGCCAGCGCAUAUACCAUUGAGGCAGUUGUAAUGCAGUUUGCAGCUAGUUUGGUGAAAGGCCAAGGUCGAAUAGCUCGCAAAUGCAAGAAUGGAAAAGAGUUUAGUCGCAAGUCAGCUGAAGCAUCUUUCCGAAGUUUGGUGAAAACUCAUGACAAGUACGGAUGGGUGACUCCACCUCUUGCUGAUGGUUAAUCUACUUACCGUGUUCACUUCGGCUCUAUUAGGAUAACCGACAUGGAAUUCCGGCAUGUUCAUCGUCCAAUGACCUGGUCUCAGUCGUGGUUUUGGUGACCAUAAAUUUGUGAUCUUGUUUAAUAGAGGAUGUAAUCACUUGUACUUUAUUGUUUAUGUGUUCAAAAUUAUAUUUAAUGCGUGAAUGUUAUAUUUGAUUCUUAUAUACACCUAGUUGUUCAUGAAUAUGUUGUAUUUCUUUAAAUGUGUCACUUAGGAUACAAAUCUGUCUUAGAGAUUAAACACUCGGGUUUGAAGUUGUAAAUGCCAAAGAUUAAUUAUGUUUUGGUAAUCGAAUUUCCUUCAUUAGAUUUAUCACUAAAAUUUCGCCCAGCGUUCUGUGCAAAUUUAUGGUAAACACAUAUUACGAUUGAACAAUGAAAGUCUGUGAUCAUGUUAUGUGUUCAUACAUUGCUCAUGGUAUUUGUAGUUAAUUUAUUACAUCCGAGAUAUAUUUUUUAAUUAGAGAUUAUGUGACGUAAAACGUCAUAUUAGGUUAUUUAAUAUUAUUUAAGACAUCUUUUCAUAUUUUGAGAGAUUUCUCACUCCAAAAAGCAUGCAACAUGCAAUAAUCUGUGAUUAAAAAUAAAUUAUUCCACGUCAGGUGCUACAAUUUCAUAAAGAAGUUUUUAGCGUGGUCAACCACAUGAGCUUCAACUUCACAUGCACCUCACUUUUAUGGAUUAAAAACAAAUUAAGAUAUCUGAAUAGAGCGCCAAAGCACAGAUUCAUGCGUUAUAAAUGCUUUUAGCAGAAAAGUACAGAGCUUUUCAUCUUUGGCACUUACAAAAUAGACCGGUCCACAAUUAAUUGUAAUGUCCAAACGUGAAACUUCACACAAAACAGUAUUUCCUAGAGGGAAUAGGAAUUAUUCCUAAGAUUUCUAAUAAAGAUUGAUAUUUUUAGGCAGGGAACGGGUAGCACCUGUUAUCUUGUUAUCGCAGUACACAUAUUUGCAAAUAAAAAUCAUCAAUAAAAUAAUGGUAUUAUUGAUUCUUUGUUAAUAUUUCCUACCCAUCUUAAAUACAGAAGUAAAUAUCUAUAUUAAAUACUUUAUCUCAACAGUUCAAGCAUAUUAUUGUCUUUGAGUUUCUGUAUAUUUCUAUCAGGUUACUAAUACUUACUUUAAUUUAUUAAUUUUUUGUCUUAUUAAUUAAUGAUUAACAAUUAAUUAUUUAAUUGUUUAUAAUUAUACAAGGUGCAUUUUUUAUUUAACGGCAAAUUUAGAUUUCAGUAAAUCAGUAAAAAUAAUAUUAUCUCAGUGAAUAACAUGUUUAUAAUCUGCAGCUGUCUAAACUAAAGUUUAUAAUAAGAUGUUUUCUGACUGUCCCUCAGGAAAUAAUUCGCAUUAUUUGAUCUCUGUUUUAAUUAUUCUAUCAGAUAUUAACUAUUUUUCAUUGCAAUUAAACAACUUCGAGAUUUUCGUAAUAAAGAUAAGACGAUUCACUUGAUUAUUAGGAAAUUUAGAAUUAGUUUUGAUUGCAUUUGCGAAACAAUAAUGAAUCCACGUCACCUUUAAAAAUGUUAAAAUAAUAAAAAAGCAGUUAUUUAUGAUUUUAUAAAACCCCAUUCGAAACUUUAUUAUAUAUAUCGAAAAUAUUUGACUAAAAGUAUUUUAUUUUUUCCCAGCUAAUAGUUUCAUAGUUGUCAUUCUCUUACAUUCAACAACAUUCCUUUUAAUAGCUGAAACUUCAUGUUGAUGGUAUGUAUAUUCAGUAUUUAUGGUCACCAUAAAAACCUUAAAAAAACUUAUAUUUCAUCCAUUUAUAUACAACUUACAGUAUAAAAACCUUCUAUUUGAAAGUCACUGUUUUUUGCCUUUGAAUUUAACUGCCACCGUUCUAUACAAUAUAGAGAAAAAUUUAUCUGUAAAUGUUGCAGUUUUCAUUUCAAUUUAAAUAUGAAAUUUUAUUAAAAUGUUUUUAAAUGUAGGCUCAUGUUUUCCUUUUUAUUGCAUGCAAAAACACUCAUGAAAUACUGCCUGCUUAAAUAAUUGACUAAUCAGUUAUUUAAGUCCUAUUCAAUAACAAUUAAGAAAAAUUACAAUAAAAUAACAGACUUUUAAAUAUAUGUUGCAUAUAUCAUGUAUUUAUCAUGGAUAUGCACAUAACAUACACAUCCGUCAGGUACUUUUAAUGACAACGUUCAUGUAUUUUGAAGAUGAGUUUGUCAUUCCAUAAAUUAACUGAUGUGCAUCUCUUUAAAUGCGAAAUAAAAAUAAUUGUUUAUUCAUUAACUAGCUAUUCGAAAUCAAAUAAUUAUUCAUAUAAUUUUUCCAAAACACAGAACAGUGUUUCCACCUUUCAAUCCACUAUCUACUUAUUCAACUAAGUCUCGUGGAAAAAUAUUGCAUAAAGUUUGUUUAUGAAUGGAAAUGUUAUUAAGGAAAGAUAUUUGAAACAUGUUGAAUUUUUAAAGCAGAUACCAACCCUAUGAUCUUUAACAAAUUAAAUUAACUUGAAAUGCUUAUAUUUCUGUAAAUACAAAAAAUUAGAAAUGAAUUGGAUAUACAUAGAUUCCUAAAAUAGAAUGAUGUCUGAAUAAUGUAGAGAGAACUAAGUAAAUUCUUCUCAGAAAUAAGUACAUUUUUCAUACCUAUAACAGACUGCAUUGAAGAAUGAAAAGAUGAUAGUUUUCUAAUAUUUAGGGAUUAAUAAAAAUAUUCAUCUUUUCUAUCAUAAUCUAACACAAGAAAUGUUCAGAUUGCAAGUGAACCUGCUUAAUUCCUAGCUUUUUCAAAUGCAAUUAUUCAAAAUUUUAUUUACAAUAAUAUGACAGGUUUAUAAUUACGUAGAUAGGCUAGUUAAAAGAAUAAAAGUUGAGCCAUAAUGCUAGUAAUUUAUUUCAAUUUAUAUAUAUUAUCUGAUAUAUAUAAAUUGAUAUAAAAUGAUUUAAUAUAUGUCAGAUAUAUAUUAUCUGACAUAUAUUAAAUGGACAAGAGAUUUUACAUUUUCAAGGUAAGGUACAUGUACUACAGCGUGAUUCCUUUAAACUUUUCCAUUACAAGUGUGACCCCAUGUACAGACAUUGUCGACAGCUCUGUUUCAGGUAUACAUCUUAGGCAUUUUAGUGUUUUUAAUAGUAUAUUUUAAAUCUUUUUAUACGAUUUUAAAAAUAUAGCUUAAUUCCUUUAAAUUAAGUAAUUAAAUGCCUUUUUAUCUUACCUCUUUGGAGAAAUUUUUGAAUUACUUAUGAAAAUAUUUAUUAUGAAUUACUUAUUACUAAUUAUGAAAAAUUAAUAAACUAGUACCCCUCAAACUAAGAGAAAAGGUAAGCCAAGCAAAAUUUAAAAAAAUUGUGUUUUAUUAAAAAAAUUUAUUAAAAAUAUUUCAAAUGAAAUAAUUGUUAAAAAGCAUUUUAAUUUUUUGAUGUGGUAAGGAAAAUAAAAUGCGAUUGCUUAUUUAAAUAGCUUACCGUUUAGAUUUAGCUUAUAUGGAUUCAGUUGCACUUAAUAAAGUAGAAUACAAUGCCUGUUCGUUAACUAUAAAUUACAGAAAAGCUAUUUCUGAACAUCCAUGACGUGUCUUGAAUAUAAUUUUGUUAUAUGGUGCUUCAAAAUGUCAGAAUCGAAAUUUGACGCAUUCUUCCUGAAAAUGGAACCAAAAAGAAAUUGCUGAAGAAUCCUAAAAUUGUAUUGUUUUUACAAAAUUUGCCUUUUUUUUAUUGGCUGUACAGACGGUGAUUCGGAUUUCGACAACGUCCUGUUUUGGCUUGUGAUUAAACAAAUUUCAAGCAGAAAAAUUAAAUUAAAUUUACUUCCGCUCCGCCAAGCAAAAUAUUUUGGUUGUUCUUAGCUUUCGUGUCUUUGCGAAACUCUUUUGCUUUUAUAUCUUUUUGAAAAAAUUGCAUUUAUCCAUACCUUUUCACAUGAUUCUAAAUCGUGCACAUGUACCUUACCAUUAAUUUAACCAAUUAAAAGAGUAACUUAUUCUUCAGAGUUUUUAUAUUUAUAUAAUCACGAAACCCUACAAAUGGUGAUUUUAGCCAAGGCAAGCAAUUAGAGGACUAUAAAAGGUUUAGAUUUUAUAUCAACACUCCUACUAAACAUAAAAGAAACAAAUACCUUCCUACAUUUGAACUAAAUAAAGAUUACGGUGGAUAAUUUCCUAAACAUUUUUGUCUCAUGUACAUGAAACUUUGAAUCGGAUGUGAUAAUUCUAUUCUCAUUUCAUCUAAAAAGCAUUUAAAGAUUUUCGAGACUAAUAACAAUUGUUAAUCAAGUAUUAUAAGUAAUUAAGUUAAAAUGGAGCUUAGUAUUUCACGUGCCAAAUUGAAAACUAUAUUAAUGUAUAAAAAGCGAAAAAUACCAAAUUUAUGGCUGUUUGGUAAAUGACAGUUUCAUUUAUAACUACUUUCAUUUAUUAAAUCCCUAAUAUUUUUAAUUAACGUCAAAAACCCCUUCAAAGGCUGAAAUCAGUUUUCUUGUACAUGUUUAUAUGUAUAUACAUUAUUUGUACUCCUUCACAUUUUUCUCCUUUAAAGAAGUCUCAGCAAAAAGUCUAAUAUCAAAAAUAUGAAGCUCUUACAUGUAACUGACUAAUUACAAAAGGAAAUAAACAUCAGCAUUCAUAAUUACUUAUUAUGUAAAGCUAAUUUCCUUUCAAAACUGCCCAGUAAAAAGCAACUGAAUAGAUUAAGAACCGCACUUCUAUUGACAGUAUUAAAAUAACAAAGCAAAAAGGACAUUAAACAGAACACUUUCUGAAAUUUUGACUUCUAGGUAUGUUUUACAAAAAGGCAGCCAAAUUAGAUGGAACAGAAUUAUUGUAAAUUUAUAUAACUUUUAAAUUAUUACUUAAGUACUUGAUUUAAGUUGAUAAAUUUUAAAUUACAAGUGUGUUAAUAAAGAUAUAAAUUUCAGCAAUUAUAUAUUAAUAUACUUAUAUUUCCAGUAAAUUGUAUUAUUAGCCUUUGAAAAGAUAAUACUUUAUUUUAAUCUAAACUAUUAUAUCAUUGUAAUAUGAAACAAAUAUAUAUAAACAAUAAAAUUUAUUGUUUGGAAACAGAUUAUUAGAAUUAAGUCUAUAACUAUUGCAAGACCAAAAAAAUAUAAAAAUCUACAUUGAAUUUUCCCCUUAAAAUUUGUCUGGUAAAAGCUAAACAUUUUAAUAACGUUAAGUUUUUCGAAAAGUGUAGGUUAUUAAACAAUUUCUAUGGAUUAGGAUUAGAAAAAAUGUACAUAUAGAAAUCUUUUUUGCCUGUUUCAACAUUGCAGAAACUAUACAUACAUCUGCAGAUAUAAGUACAACUCUACAUCAAAGUCGACUAAAAUGUUUAUUACAGCACUAUUAUACUGAAAAGGAAAUUUCAUGAAGUUUCUUUAAUAUUUUAUUCAGUGCAUACAACUGAACAGAAUAUACCUAUAAGUAUUUAGCAAAUAGUACUUACUCUUUAAAAUCGUGAAUGAGGCUUCAAAUUCGAAAAUGUAGAUCCUAUAGUUGUUCAACUGCACAGCAUCUUCCAUCCAUAUCUUUUUCAAGUAAAAUUAAGCUUGUCAUUUAAUUUACAACUGUGUUCUGUAAACGUACGUCUUCUUAUUCUAUGGUGAAAACAAAUGUAGAUUGAUUCGUGAAAACACUUUUUGCUUUCAAAACAUCUACUAGAAUUUCUUUGUUAUAUAUAUGUUUCAUUGUUGUGCACAGCAGAAGAUACUUGAUUAAGUAUCUCAUUAUUUAUAGAUGUUUCAUCCAGCAAGCACACCUAAGGAUAAUUAUCUGUCAUUACUGGAUAUAAUUUAUGCUUAUUAUGCAAAUGCUGUAUGUAUUGAAAUUCCACAAUCUUUCCUUAUUGGUGCUGUAUGUCAUUGUUAUAAAUAUGUAAUUAAAAAUAAAUAAAAUUUAUUGUGUUACUAUUUCAAA